GGCGUAGAGGUUUGUCGCGCUGGAAAGGGACGGGAAAGACUUGCACCUGACGCUUGACAGACGGCCGUGAGAGGAGUGAGCUCCCUCAGCCUGUUUUUCCUGUUGGGGGUACUGCAUUUAUGUUUGGGGAACUUCACACUGCGGUCUGGAGAGAUACCUCUAAGUCUCACAUGCAUUGCAGGGCAGAUGCUUAACUAACUCACGCCUGUGGGUUUUUUCAGUCUCAGCCAAAGGACUGGGUUUGUUCCCUUAUAGAGUACUGUAGAAAUCUGCAGGUAGCUGUUCUCUUUGAAUUUGAUAAAGAAAGAGGACAAAAGCUAUUCAUUUGGAUCCAAGGUCUGCCUGUGAGUCGACUAUAGGGCUUAUCAACACUGGAAGCAAGAAAGGAGAAAAUUGCACCAGAUCAGUGCAGGCCUAUCUCCAGUGGUGGCUGUGGUGGCCUUGAAGUGACAGAAGAUCAUCACCUUCAACCCAGUAAAAGAAUAUUAAGACACUGACCUGGGACAUAUUGAGAACCAAAGCCAAGACUGUAUAGAGCUAUCUAUAUAACUGGGCUUCAACCAUGGCUGGGGUUAAGAAUGCAAGUAGAAAGAAUAGGAGUAGAAAGAAUGAGAGUAAAAAGAAGGCCAAAACUGAAAAAAGGGCUGGUGUAGAAGCUGAAGCCAAGAGGGAGGCUACUGCCGUAGUCAGAUCUGUAGCCAAGACCCAGGCCAAAGCAAUAGCUAAGGCAGGGACUCAGGAAGAUGCAGUGGCAGAGGUGAAGGCAGCGUCUAAGAACAAGAUUGUUACUGAGAUGAAGGAAGGAGCUCUGGCAGAUUUCAGUCCCAAAGCUGAAGAUGAGGCCACUAGAGCAUCUCGGUUUUGUUCUGUGGCUGAGGCUAGUGCUGAGUCCAGUGCUGAGUCCAGGUCUACAUGUAAAGAUAAGACUGGUAUUGAUACCUGGUUUUGGGCUGGGGAAGAAGCCAGUGUUGGUUCCUGGUUCUGGAAUGGAGAAGAGGCUGGGAAUCGUUUCAGUGCUAAGGAUGAAGGUAAAGCUGAUAUUUGUCCCCCAUCCUGUGCUAAGAAGUUGGAGCCUGUGGCUGGGGCCAACUGCAAGGCUAGGCCAGGGGCUGAGGAGGAGGAGGAGGAGAACGUUAUUGGGAGCUGGUUUUGGGAUGGAGAUGAAACUAGUUUUGACCCUAACCCUAGACCUGUGAGCAGGAUAAUUAAGCCCCAACCUGUGGAUGAAAUUAAUGAAAAAGAUAGGCCCAAGGACUGGUCUGAGGUAACUAUCUGGCCCAAAGCUCCUGCUGUAACUCCAGCAGUGUUAGGCUUUAGAUCCCAAGUCCCAUUUGAGAAAAAGCCUCCUUCAUAUGUUGUCCUGGCCUCCGCUGAGGAAAAUACCCAUUCUUUGCCUGUGGCAACAGCGGUGUGCCCUUCUAGGAGCACUCCCUCAAGCUCACAGCCUGUCUCUGAGUACCCAUUUGGUUCUGACCCUUGUAUCCAGACCAUAGAGGAGAUCAGGCGCCAAAUCAGGAUCAGGGAGGUGAAUGGGAUUAAGCCAUUUGCUUGCCCUUGCAAAAUGGAAUGCUACAUGGAUUCUGAGGAGUUUGAAAAACUUGUUACCUUACUUAAAUCAACUACUGAUCCUCUCAUUCAUAAAAUAGCUCAAAUUGCAAUGGGGAUCAUUAAUGUUCAUCCAUUUGCCCAAGAGUUCAUUAAUGAGGUGGGUGUAGUGACACUUAUUGAAAGCUUGCUUAGUUUUCCUUCCUCUGAAAUGAGAAAAAAGGCUGUAAUUACUCUGAAUCCCCCCUCUGGGGAUGAAAGACAACGCAAGGUUGAAUUACAUGUUAAGCAUAUGUGUAAGGAAACCAUGUCUUUUCCCUUGAACUCACCUGGACAGCAAUCCGGAUUAAAGAUACUAGGACAACUGACUACUGAUUCUAACCAUCACCACAUUGUUGCCAAUUACUUUUCAGAGCUUUUUCAUUUGCUCUCCCUGGGAAAUCGUAAAACCAGAAAUCUUGUUUUGAAAGUACUUUUGAAUAUGUCUGAAAAUCCAGCUGCAGCCAGAGACAUGAUCAAUACAAAAGCAUUAGCAGCAUUAAAACUCAUCUUUAACCAAAAAGAGGCAAAAGCCAAUCUCGUUAGUGCUGUGGCCAUAUUUAUUAACAUAAAGGAGCAUAUCAGAAAGGGCUCAAUUGUAGUUGUUGAUCAUUUGAGUUAUAAUACACUCAUGGCCAUUUUCCGUGAAGUUAAAGUGAUCAUCGAAACAAUGUAA